GUCAUCAUUCUUCGGUUUCGGUCACAUCGAAGGGCUCGAGAGAGAGAGAGAGAGGGUAUAAUUUGGGGAGGGUGAGAGAAUCGCAUUUUCUUGCCCACGAACAAAGCGAGGAGAAGAGAGAUUCGUCUCAGGGUGGAAGGUGGGGAAUUUUCCAUCGAAGGAGAGAGCUCUGGAGAUUCGACGUCUUCGGCCACCCGUGGCGCCUCCAGGUUAUGCCGGUACCAACGCAGGUUGCGCUGGAUUUCCAUUUCAAGGACUUAAUUCCCUUUAUUAAGUCAUGGGAAAAGAAUGCCUUUGGCCAGACUGCUAUCAGUAUCGGGGUUCCCCUUUCCAGCAAUUGCUUGAUUGGCGGCGGAGUUUCAUCCUCGGAGAAUUCCUUCUUGUUUCCUUUGUCAACUGCACUUAAUGGACAGAUUCUCUUGAAUGAACAAUGCAGGAGGCCUGAUGCAAUUUAUUUUUGAGAUAGGUGUUGGAUCUUUAGUGCACAUGUAUGAUGCAUUGUUGAUACAACAUCCAUUCGCAAUCCUCGGGAAACCGUCUUUAGGGGUUGAAGCCUGCAAAUGAGGAAUGAUCUUUUCUGAAGUAGCAAGCCUGUUGCAGUGUAUCUGUAAGGAGUUUGUAGUUAGCUAUAUUUACAUCCCCUCCUGAUGUCUUUUUGUCUGAGUGAUGUUAUGAUCUGCGAGUGAAGAGCCUGCAAGAGAUUUUAAGUACCCUAGCUGAGGUAGCUGUUAACAAGUUUGUGAUAUCGUCGUGUGACUCUGCAAAGGAUCCAGUCUAUCUGCAUUCCUCUAUUGGCAUAAAGAUGUUCUGCGGCACUCGACUUCUUCCUCCAUACAUGUCUUUUUGUCUUAGAGUCUUCGUUCUGCUAUCUCUUAUGAAUAAGGCUAUAAAGCCCAUCCAUCAGAGAUGUACUGGUUCUAUGGUGAUGUGGGGUUUGGCAGAAAAUUGAUGGUGGAUCCAGCUAGAUCAGCCAGGCAAUUAGUUUACGUUUUCUAGUUUUUCUUUUUGGAGUCACCUACUGAAGAUAAGAUCAUAGACACUUCCAUGUGCCGUUCUUUUUAUAAAUAAAGCAUCAACGGACUGUUGAAAUUACGAGAAUGGACAGAUACAAGAUGAUCAAGGAAGUCGGUGAUGGAACAUUUGGAAGUGUUUGGCGAGCUAUCAAUAAGCGAACUGGGGAACUUGUUGCAAUUAAGAAAAUGAAGAGAAAAUAUUAUUCUUGGGAGGAAUGCAUAAACUUGAGAGAAGUUAAGUCAUUGCGGAAGAUGAACCAUCCUAAUAUUGUGAAGCUGAUGGAAGUUAUUAGAGAGAAUGAUAUUUUGUAUUUUGUGUUUGAGUACAUGGAAUGCAACCUAUAUCAACUUAUGAAAGACAGAGCAAAGCUUUUUUCAGAAAGUGAAGUAAAAGAUUGGUGCUUCCAAGUGUUUCAGGGGCUUGCGUACAUGCAUCAGAGAGGAUAUUUCCAUCGUGACCUUAAGCCAGAGAACUUGCUGGUUUCAAAAGAGACGAUAAAAAUUGCUGAUUUUGGUCUUGCUCGUGAGAUCAAUUCCCAGCCACCUUAUACAGAAUAUGUUUCAACACGCUGGUAUCGGGCCCCUGAAGUUCUGCUUCAGUCUCAAAUGUACAAUUCUGCAGUUGAUAUGUGGGCAAUGGGUGCAAUCAUGGCUGAACUGUUUACUCUUCGUCCCCUUUUUCCAGGCUCAAGUGAAGCAGAUGAGAUAUACAAAAUAUGCAGUGUAAUAGGUACACCAACUGCAAAUGAGUGGGUUGAAGGGCUUAAACUUGCAAGUGCUAUCAACUACCAGUUUCCACAGCUCACUAGUGUUCAUCUUUCUGUACUGAUACCUUCUGCUAGUGAGGAUGCAAUCAAUCUUAUUACAUCACUUUGUGCAUGGGAUCCAUGCAAGAGACCAACCUCCUUGGAGGUCCUACAGCAUCCAUUCUUCCAGAGUUGCUUUUACAUUCCACCAUCUCUUCGUUCCAGAACUGCUACCACUAGAACUCCUCCACCUGCUGGAACACGAGCUAUGGCAGAGCAGAAAUCUAUGAGACGAUAUUCUGGGGCUCUGUCUAAUUCAAAGCCAGCAAGCAACUGUCCUCCUCCUAAACCUCAUAUGUCUGUAACGUCAGGUGUGCAACGUAAAUUGGAAAUGAGCAAUCAGGAUGCAAUGAAGAAUGACAAAUUUUUUAAGAAUGCUGCCAAACACCCAAGAUACAGACCACCCAUGAGGAAUAGCCCCACUUCUGUUUACAACAGCAAGGUCGUUCAUGGAGUUUCAGAGACAGCUGAGAAGUUGGCAAAUAUGAGUGUUGGUGCUGCUGCUGCUAGGUUGCCUGCAAGGCAGUCCUUUCCAGCACCAAUGAAGGCCGGGGGAUGGAAAGGCCAGUCUGACACUUUUCCUAGGAAAUCCCAAGAGCUUCCUCCUGGAAGGAUAUUGACAAGGAAAGUUGUGGGAUGAAAAGAGAAGGUUUGUUCUGUUGAGAUGCGGUAGCAAGUUUUACAACUGAUGGGUCUUUUUAGUGGUUCUUAUAUAUAAAUAUUGUGUUGUGUGCCUGGCCUGGUUGUUGAAGUUUGUUUAUCUAUAUGGUGAGCGUUGACAUGAUAUGCUCUUAUGGAGUUCUUGUUUGGAGAUUAUUUUGACGUCCCAUGCUGUCUGUCCUGUGCAUGAGGCGCAUUUUUCAUAAAUAAUUGUCUGAUGAGAUUGAGAGAUGGUUGUUGGUGCUUGGUGAUAAUAUUUGUCAUUGUAGUUUGCGUUU